UUUCUUCACUCUUAGUAUAUUUUAGACAGGAACAUAAAUUAUUGGACAUCGUAAUCCUUAAAUUGUAACAGUAUUCUGUAAUAUAACCGAUAGUAAUUUAUCCUUAGUUACUAGCCAGAUCUCGUGUCACAGGUAGAACAGUAUAAAUGUCACAUGGGCUAAGAAACAUAGUGGAAAAUGUGACGUUAGUCUUCUAAAGCCUCAAACUCUGUAGGAUUCUCAUCACGCCCCGGCCAAUGCCAGAGACGUCGCCUCAGACGGGCACAGCGUUGCGCCAUGAGAAGCGCAACUUGUAUAAAUAACCGCCGAUGCCGAUCUUACUUAGUAUCAGUCCUUUGGUUCAUUAUCAACGAGCAAGCAACACUAAAACAAAACCAACAAAAUGAUGAAGAUUAUCGUAAUCAUCUCUGCCUUGGUCGCCAUCGCCGCGGCUAAGCCGGGCGUGCUGGCAACAUCUGUGGUGGCAGCCGCUCCGGCGCCGCUGGUGGCGGCCCCCGUGGUCACGGCCUCCAGCUCUCAGUACUACCACCGCUUCAACAACGGGCUGGCCGCGUACGUGGCCGCGCCAGCUGCAUACGUCGCCUCCGCGCCCUACUUGGCGGCCGCGGCUCCGUACGUCGCUGCGCCGUACGUUGCUGCCCCUUACUCUGCACCCGUUGUUGCCGUUUAAAUUGAACUUAGCCAUGACACGUUUGUGAUAUUUGGAAUAAAGUUUACUCGCCCCAUAA